GGACCCUCUCCCCCUUCCCUCUUCUUCCCUCUCUAUGCUGCUAUCUUCAUCUGAUUCCCCUCUGCUUCUUCUUCCUUCUCCUCUGCUUACUUCACAAGUUCACUUCCCAUUAGCGGCUCUCAGCAACAAAAUCAUUAAUUUUCAUUAUCCCCUCCAUUCUUUACUCCCUUUUUCUUUUGUUUUAUUCUAUUUUUCUUCACAAACUCCAUCUAUUCUCUUCCUCUGUUUUCUUUUCCCCCUUCCCUGUAGACUCCCUCUGCCUCUCUCUCCUUCCACCUGCCUCUUAUCACCACACGAGUAACUCACUAGAGAAGCCAUUAACAGCGAAACACAGAGAAAAAGAGGGGGCAAAAGGGAACAAAAAGAACAGGGAAAUAGAUUUAAAAAAAAAAAACAGAGGGAUGAUUCUUCAUCGCCAUACCUCGACCUCUGCUUCUUUGUCUUCCUCCCUUCAUCGCUCAACUUCACAGAUUCAACUCCUCAGCAAAUUUCCUGCUCCGUUUUCUUGGAUCUGAUUGAGAAAGUAGAGAAAGUAGAAGAAAAGUCUGCAGCUUUUUUGAAGUUUUUUUUUAUCCUUUUUUUAUUCUUUAUUCCUCUGUUUCCGAUGGAGUCAGAUCUUCAGCAUCUUCACCACCAGCAGCAAUCGAACCAGAAGCAAAUGAAUUCCGGCGGAGGUGGACUGACGAGGUACCAAUCGGCUCCGAGCUCCUACUUCACCAGCUACCUGGAAAAAGAGCUCUGCGACGAGCUCUUGAACCGUCCUUCCAGCCCGGAAACAGAGAGGUUCUUCGCCAGAUUUUUAGCCAACACCGCCAGCUCCGACGGGUUGCAACCCGACCCGGUGCUCGCCCCGGUUAAGCAAGGCUCUCCCCCUUUACAACAAGGGAUGGAUGAUUACUCUUCCGGGCCGCAGAGUUUCUACUCGCCGCCUCCGCCUCCGCCGCCAAGCAGCCAGUCUCGCCCGCCAUUGCCGUCCGCUCCGGCCAUGGAUUACAGCCGCUUGCCUCCGACUCCGCCACCACCAUCAUCGAAAUCUGGCGGUGGGAACAACUCGUCGAAUCUCGUCAGGCACAGCAGCUCCCCUGCUGGGCUUUUCUCCAAUAUCAACAUUGAGUUCGAAAAUGGGUAUGCUGUGAUUAGAGGGAUGGGAGAUUUUGUUGGGAAUAGGGAGUCUUCAGGGAGGAUGAGUCCAAUAGCUGAGAUUGAUACCAAGGACAACAUUAUUGAAGCCAUUAACAGUAGUAGAGCAGAGAGCUCGUCGGAUUUCGGGGAAGCUCAUCAUCCUGGAAACUAUGUUGGUACUACUACUGGGUUCCCCAUGGAUUCUUGGGAUGAUUCUGGGAUCAUGAAGGGUGGGCUCUCUGAGGAUGACAGAACUUUCUCUGGUCUCAACGAUUCUCAGGAACAGAUUGAGGAGGGAGGAGGGAACCGUCCACCAAUGUUGGCACAUCACUUGAGCCUGCCCAAAACGGCGGCAGAGAUGUCGGCUCUGGAGAAGCUGCUGCAUCUUCAAGAUUCCGUGCCUUGCAAGAUUCGAGCCAAGCGAGGUUGCGCCACUCAUCCAAGAAGCAUCGCUGAGAGGGUGAGAAGAACUCGAAUCAGCGAACGAAUGAGGAAGUUGCAAGACUUGGUGCCAAACAUGGACAAGCAAACCAAUACGGCAGACAUGCUAGAUUUGGCCGUUGACUAUAUCAAAGAUCUCCAAACACAAGUAAAGGUAAUGGCAGAUUCUCGAGCCAAAUGUACGUGUACAAGUAUGCAUCAGUCAUAGCAGAAAAAAGACCCUAAACAGAAAGGGAUCAGCUUCAAUUUCCUGGCUAAGCCAUAUAUAUGUAUACAAUUAAUAAGAAUUGUCUGCCUUCUACCCAUGAAAAUUCGAACAGAAAGAAAGGGUUUUGACUUUUGAUGAUAGAAAGAAGCAGAUUAGUAAAAGCUAUAGCAGGAGCUUUGGUAUAUUUUUAUGCUGUGAAAAAGGGUAAUAUUCAAGGCAGAAAGUAGAAGAUGAACAGAAGUUGUACAGUGAUUAGCUUGGCCUGUUGUAGACUUGUUAGUGUUCCUGUGACAUAAUUAUAGUUAUCAUCAUUCCCUUUUCCAUUUCCCACUUAGAUUUUGGAGCAUGGAAAGAAGCUUAUGCCUCCAAAUUAUGUGAUUCUUGUAAGAAUGCAUAGGGCUAAGAUUAUGAUGAAGAUUAACUGAG